AUGGCGCUAUUAAUAUACGCAGGCACCGAGGUGGAAGACCUGCACGUCACUCUGCCAGAAGCCGGCAGACCAGAAGGCACCGAGAAAGAAAACUGGACCGCGUAUGAGCAAUCUAAAACCAAAUUGAAAAUACAUUUUUCACCAAAACAGUGCAACGACUUUGCUAUCUUUGAAUUACUCCGCAUGAAAAUCGAAUCGUCGGAAAGUAUUAAAAGUUAUGCGAUGAGGCUACGUAAAGCAACGAGCAAGUGCGAUUUUACAAAUUGGUCGGCGAAGAAAAUGAACAAAAGCCUGAUCAGCAGCAAUAUGCAAGAUGACACCGUUCGCCUAAAAUUUUUACAGAAGGACAGAACACUGGCCCAAAUCUUAGAUAUCGCUAGAAAGAAGGAAGAUGCUGUGGCCCGAAGGAAAGUAAUAGACUGGGACUCUCGACAGGUAGUCAACAGGGGGGGGGGGGUCAAAGGAAAUCAACCGUUACAACAGAAGGAGACCACAGACCAGUGUAAUCGGUGAGGACACGAGAACCAUUUCCCUGCUUCGGAGUGCCCAGCCAUAUCCAGAAUCUGCAAUUACUGUAAAAAGAAAGGACACUAUGCUAGCAAGUGCUUCAAGAAACAGAAGGAAGCAGGAAUCAAGCGCAUCAAAGCAGAACCCCAAACUGACACAGGAAACGACACCAACUCCGACACUGACGAGUAUGACACAGCCAAGAUCGAAUUAGUUAACAACCUUGGGAUGAGGGAAAAGCCAUCGCUGAUGAGAGUCUGCACUAACGACCAAGAAGUUCUGUGGCAACCGGAUACCGGGACCCAAAAAGACGUCUGGGAUGAGGCACACUUCCGCAGCUUUAAUUAAAGAAAAGACUCGGGGGGAAGUAAAGUUGACACCGACAAACAUCAAGCUAUUUGCAUAUGGGGGUAAGACACCACUGGUGGUCAUCGGUUCAUUCAAGGCAGUGCUGAUAGCUGGGGAUCGGACAGUCGACACUGAGAUAUAUGUGACAUCUGAACCAUCCGCCUAUCCACUACUUUCCGAACAAUCAGCCAAACAGCUCCAAUUGAUCCGGUAUAAUGAGAAGUUCCUAGUAAAGCGAAUGUCUGAGCCCUGCAAGGAAGUUUUGGCAAUGCCUAGGCGCCAAAAGAUAGCUGACAUGAUUAUGGAUAACCCAGAGGUGUCCACGGGUAAGAUCGGCAAAGCCAAAGCGAAUGAGGUGUCCCUGAUGAUCGAUGAUAGUGUCACACCAGUGGUCCAGAAACAGAAACAGAGACGGAUACCAGUCAAUCACUCAGACCGGCAGAAAGCAAGAUUCAAGACCUCCUGGACCAAGACAUCAUAG